AUGGGUCUGACGAACAGAAAUCGUCCAUCACAAUCUCUCAGGCGUUCUGACGAUGUCAACUGCAAGUCUUUAUACGCAAACGGAUCGGAUGUGUCUUUGCAGAUUCCGGAUGAGCCUUCCAGAAGGUGGGCGACCAAUGAGAGAAGUACCAUUAAGGAUGUGAAAGGAAUCAGGCGAUCUGCUUCAAACACCAACAGUGAUGCACCUAAAGUUGUACAAAAAGGAAUAUUAUUACAAAGAAGACUGGAGGCUGCACAAACAGUACGAGCCAAAUCAAUAAAUGGUAACACAGACACGAAAAUCCAAAGUUCUCCUAGAAUUAAGGUCACUCCAAAUUCAGCAACGAAACAGUUACAUAGAACAACAGUUAAAACAUCUACUCCACUUUCCAGUCCGAGACCGACUCCGUCUGUGUCUCCGAUUAUGUUUAACGGUAGACCAAAAUCUUCUGGAGCAGAGUCAUUCUCCAAUAAGUUUGAUUUCAAUAAUCGGAGAUCUUCGGUUGCGUCUUCUAGACCAAGCAUAAAAAAAAUUACUUCAUUUGCCACAGUUGGAAGACAGGUGUCUUCUAUUAUGAAAUUCAAAAGAUCUUUCGGAAGAGCUUUGACCAUUCCAGAAAACGUUAUAGAAGUGGGAGAUGAAAUUCGAGAACUGCCUAAAAGUCCUCGAUUUGCAUCGUACCUUUCCCCGGAAGCCCAGUUCGCUGUGAUGAAAGGGUAUGAAGAUGUCCUUCAUCGUGAAAUUUCAACUAAACUGCCUCAAUAUAAACCACAUUUAAGGAGAACGAAGACUCCCAACAACAAGAUUGAGAUGAAACGUCUGGACAGAGCAGGAUUUAGGCGCUCAAGAGAGGAUGAUCUUGAUAGCGUCUCCAGUAUCUACAGUGAUGACGAGAAUAUCAAUUAUUCCAGUAAUGAAACAAGACGAGCAAGUAUGCCUGCAACGACCAACUUCUAUGGUUUUACAGCUCCGCUGAUGAAGGAUCGUCCAAGAGCUCACAGUUCACCAGCUGCCUUUGUGCCUCGCGAGAAAAGAUUGGUUUUGACAUACCGAUUUGAAAGUGCCAUGGAUAUUCUGGACACUCUGAGAUUUCAAAGCGGAUGUUCGACGAUCUCCCCUCGAGUUACUGACAACCCUCGUAAAAUUCUACCGCUCAAAGACUUCAACAACUGGACUAGUGUGUGGCAUAAUGAAUUUGAGACCGAGGAGACGAAAGACUCGGUCGUUAAAGCUUGGCGGACCUAA